AUGAAAGCCUUUAUAUCUUUGUUAGUCUCCUUGCACCUCGUCGCAAACAAAAUAUUAGCGUCUGCUCAAGCGUCUUGCGCCCAGAUCCCCAACUACAAUCUAUCGGGAACCGUCAGUAUCCCCUACCCUCAGCCCCCAGGUGUCCCUGGUCCAUCAGGGAACUUCACCGUCUCAGAAUACGUUUAUUUCAACAACCAUACCGGGCAGGCAUACCCUAUGUCUAGCAUGACCAUAACAGCCGAGAACUCUAGCGGCAAGCCGAUUAUCUACGACAGCUUUCCUUACAAGGGCUGUGCUCUUUUCAUUGGUAUGCUUAAUUCACAACAUCCACCUACCAAAGGCCAUCUCAACGAUGGCUCAGAAGAGAGUUGUAUCUCUGCAAUCUCCGAAAAGUGCAUCCAAAAUGUUCAUCGCUUUAUGGAUGCCCAUAUAUCAAUGUUUAAGGCCAUGCCGGUGGAAGAGGCUUGUGGUUUCUUUGCAUAUAACCCGAUCGUUUGUGAAUCCCCUGACGGACAGGGUGAUCAACUCAAGACAUACGGUGGUGUUUCUCUUUUUAACCCACACCCCAAUACCUCGAAUGCGGAAACUGUCGAGAAAAAAGGCUGCACAGAGCGCUUCAAUCACCCGCAAUAUCCAGGCGCAAUUCUAUAUGAUACCAACUGGGACCUCGCUUUGCUUGACGCUAAUACAUCCGCCAUUGCCAAUGUAGCAACGCCAGUUAUUGUUGUUGCUUGGAGUAUUCCGAAUGACCAUUAUGCUUUUUGGUCAGACACCAAAGUGUUUUGUAUUACACCUAACAAGUUCGCUCCUGGCACGCAUGAAAAUGUAACAACGGACAGUGGGACUAUGUCUCAGUACAGAGCAACUCGCACCCCGGGACUUGUUGCAGCGGCCGGUAUUGUAGGGGGUAUAGUUAUGCUAUUGUAA